AGGUUAUGUUGUUUUUAUAGAAACUAAUUUACAUUUUCGGCCUAUUUUAUAUAAUUUUACACAAAACAAGCACAAAAUUAACUAAGAAAAUAAAUAAAAGUGUAUACAAAAAUUACCUCAAACCGUUAUUUCAUUCGUCAAAUUGGUAUUACUGUUCUAUUUUUGUAGCAAAGUUAUUUAAGGACGAAUCAGUUCCAAAGGUGAAGGCUGGGAAAUAUAGAAGAUACGGCUUUAUUUAUUAUUUCAGCUCAGUUUCGUUACAUUUAGGGCAUGGAUGACCUAAAGUUUAAAGCUGGGGAAAAGCUUGAGGCUUUACAAGUAGCAGCCAAAACUGCAGCUGAUAAUGGAAAAACAAAAGCCGAAGAUAUUUAUCAGCACACCUAUGAAACAAUACGAAAGAUACGAGAAGCGUUCAACGAGAUAUGGCACCACGAGCUGAUCGUGGAGUCCCGGCGUCGUGUAGCCAACUUCACCGCGGAGACGGUGCAGCGCAUCCGGGAGGGAGCGCCCCCCCUGUCGCCGGCGCUGCUGUACAAUGAACUAGUCACGCUGUUUAAGGACAGAGUCUGGCGUCGCAGCAUGGUGAUCUUCAUGUGCGGCGUGGCUUGCGGCUGCGCGAGCGGGAUGGCGGUAGGGCUGCGGGUGGGGGCGCGCGCGCCGCAGGGGCCCCAUGCUAGGCAGCUGCACUCGCAUACUGACCAGUCGGUCAUUAUGGUGGAUGAUGCUGUUGCUUCCGCGGCGUCAACCGGCGAGGUGCUAAUCCGAGUGCAAGCCUUCAGCGUGUGCCCCCUCGACCGCGGCGUGCUGCGGGGGCACGCGGGGGCACUGCGCGGGCUGCUCACGCGGGGGCACGUCACCGUGGGCCGCGGGUUCGCCGGUGUAGUGCUGGACGUGGGCCACGGCGUGUCGGAGCUGGAGCUGGGGGACGAGGUGUGGGGCUGCGUCAGCGAGUGGGCCGGCGGCGCGGCCAGCGAGCUGCUCACUGUCAGGAGUACUCGAGUGAGCAAGCGGCCGCGUGGUCUAGCGGCUGACAGCGCCGCGUCGCUGCCGUGGUGCGGGGCUCUAGCGCUGACCGCCAUAGACAGGCUGAAGUACGGGCCUGACAACUGUAAGGCUAAGAGGAUAGCAAUCUGCGGCGCAGCCAGCGGCGAGGGCUGCCUGCUAAUCCAGCUGCUGAGCGCGUGGGGCGCGCACGUCACCGUCACCGCGCCCCGACACGCCACCAUGAGCCUUAGGGACAUGGGAUCCCAAGACUACCUGGACCUGGACGGGUCAGUGACCCCGUCCUGGCUGUCCGUAGAACAGUUCGCCCUCAACAAGGGCCCGUGGGACGCCCUGCUGCUGUGCGGGGGGCUCGCCUGCCCACCGAAAACACCGGGCUCACAUGCUGCCGUGCUUAAAGCCACGGCUCCGCGCAACAACAUAGUGGAGCUGCGUCCUAAAGCGCUGCUGUCCGACCGACUAGCGGCGCCGUUCACUCUCGCCUUUGCUGCCUCCUUCUACACGUAUAGAGUUAUGAGGUGGCUAGUAGGUCUCGGCUCGCACACGGACUGGCUGGAGAACCAGUACCACCUGCGCGACGGACUCGCCACGCUGGCGCAGCUGGUGGACAAUGGACAACUCACCCCCGUGCUUGAUAAGGUUUUCCUCCCACAAGACUUCGAGUCUGCACUAGCACACGCGUGCAGCGAAGAUGCGAUCGGCACAACUGUGAUUAGGUUCCCCUAGUACCCACCCUGGUCUAGACACAGGCUAGACCUAGGCUCCUACGUGUAUAGAGCGAGACCUAACCAGUAUUUAGGUCUGUUGAGUAAGUGUUUGUAGGCGAUGUUGGUGUGUGUUUGUUGUUGAAAUGUUGAAACGUCCUAGUAGCUGAAGGUCUAUUUUUGAUUAAGAGUUGUUGAGAAAGAGUAAGUUUAUCGUGACUAUGUGAGA